AACAACAACUCCAACUUCACAAGACACAACUCAUACAAGUGUAGAAGGCACAACAAUGCCAACUUCCCCAGACACAACACCUACAACUGUAGAAGGAACAAUAACACCAGCUUCACAAGAUACAACACAGAAAACUGUAGAGGGAACAACAACACAAGCUUCACAAGACACAGCGCAGGCAACUGUAGAAGGAACAACAAGACCAACUUCACAAGACACAACUCAUACAAGUGUAGAAGGCACAACAAUGCCAACUUCACCAGACACAACACCUACAACUGUAGAAGGAACAAUAACACCAGCUUUACAAGAUACAACAGAGACAACUGUAGAAGGAACAACAACACCAACCUUACCAGACACAAGUACAAGUGUAGAAGGUACAACAACACAAGCUUCACUAGACACAUCACAGACAACUGUAGAAGAUACAACAGCACAAGCUUCACAAGAUACAACAAGGACAGCUGUAGGAGGUACAACAGCACAAGCUUCACAAGACACAACACAGACAACUGUAGAAGUUACAACAGCACAAGCUUCACAAGACACAACACAGACGAUUGUAGAAGAAACAACAACACCAACUUCCCAAGACACAACACAUACAACAGUAGAAGGAACAAUAACAACAGUUUUACAAGACACAACACAGACAACUGUAGAAGGAACAACAACACCAACUUCACAAGACACAACUCGUACAAGUAUAGAAGGCAGAACAAUGUCAACUUCACCAGACACAACAGCUACAACUGUAGAAGGAUCAAUAACACCAGCUUCACAAUAUACAAUACAGACAAAUGUAGAGGGAGCAACAACACAAGCUGCACAAGACACAGCGCUGACAACUAUAGAAGGUAAAACAGCACAAGCUUCACAAGACACAAGGCAAACAACUGUAGAAGGAACAACAGCACCAGUUUCACAAGACACAACACGGAUAACUGUAGAAGGAACAACAACACCAACUUCACAAGACACAACUCGUACAAGUAUAGAAGGCACAACAAUGUCAACUUCACCAGACACAACACCUACAACCGUAGAAGAAGCAACAACACCAGCUUCACAAGAUACAACACAGACAACUGUAGAGGGAACAACAACACCAGCUUCACAAGACACAACGCAGACAACCUUUAAAGGAACAACAACACCAGCUUCACAAGACACAACACGUACAACUGUAGAAGGUACAACAGCACGAGCUUCACAAGAUACAAUACAGACAACUGUAGAACUCACAACAGCACAAGCUUCACAAUACACAACAAGGACAACUGUAGAAGGUACAAAAGCCCCAGCUUCACAAGACACAACACAGACGACUGUAGAAGAAACAACAGCACCAGCUUCACAAGACACAACACAGAUGACUGUAGAAGAAACAAUACAAACUUUACAAGACACAACACCUACAACAGUAGAAGGAACAAUAAGAACAGCGUCACAAGACACAACACAGAUAACUUUAGAAGGAACAAAAGCACUAGCUUCAAAAGACACAACACAGACAACUGUAGAAGGAACAACAACACCAACUUCACAAGACACAACUCGUACAAGUAUAGAAGGCACAACAAUGUCAACUUCACCAGACACAACAGCUACAACUGUGGAAGGAUCAAUAACACCAGCUUCACAAUAUACAAUACAGACAACUGUAAAGGGAGCAACAACAAAAGCUGCACAAGACACAUCGCAGACAACUAUAGAAGGUAAAACAGCACAAGCUUCACAAGACACAAGGCAAACAACUGUGGAAGGCACAACAAUGUCAACUUCACCAGACACAACACCUACAACUGUAGAAGGAACAAUAACACCAGCUUCACAAGAUACAACACAGACAACUGUAGAGGGAACAACAACACAAGCUUCACGAGACACAGUGCAGACAACUGCAAAAGUUACUACAGCACCAGCUUUGCAAGACACAACACAAACAUCUGCAGUAGGAACAACAGCACCUGCUUCAUCAAACACAACACAGAUAACUGUAGAAGAAACAACAGCACCAGCUUUGCAAGACAGAACACAAACAAUUUUGGAAGGAAUAACAGCACCAGCUUUAAAAGACACAACACAGCCAACUGUAAAGGGUACAACAGCACGUUUACAAGACACAACACAGACAAUUGUAGAAGUUUCAACAGCACCAGAUACACAAUACACAACAUCAGUAACUGCAGGCAUCACAGCAAUGACAACUAAAGUUGUUUCCAAUUUUACAACAGCUGCUGAAAAUACUGAAGAAUCAACAUCAGGUGGCACUUCAUCUCAAGUUACAGAAGCCACCACUAACAUAAUUACAGAUAAAGUAGAAGCAACAACGGAGGGCACUACAGCAGGAACAACAGCCUUAAGUCCACCAGUAUUGACCUUACAUAACACAACAGCAUUAUCUAUAGAAGGAACAACAACAACAAAAAUAGAAAGUGUAACAAGUCAAAGUGCAAAAGUGUCAACAAAAGAUGCAACAACCUCAUCUACACAAGAUGCAACAUCUAUAUCGACAGUGAUGACAGGAAUGACAACAAACAUAGCUUCAGAUACAAGAACAGCUACAGAAAAUAUAAAAGGAUCAACUCAAGGUGGCGCUACAUCUCCAGUUCCAGAAGCUAGUACCACAAAUAAUAUGAAUGAUAUGAAAACAUCAAGUUAUAAAAAUACUGAAAGUACAGAAGUGUCAACAAGAGAUUCGGCAACCUCAUCUACACAAGAUACAACAUCAGUUACUACAGGUAUUGCAUCAAUGACGACAAAAGUGGCUUUAGCUAUUACAACAGCUACAGAAAACAUAAUAGUAUCAACAAUAGGAGGCACUAUAUAUCCAAUAGAAUCUCCAGUGGCUACAACGGGAACAACUGACAGCCAAGGAACAUCUUCAGGUGAUAGAACUGACAAGACUUCUGAAGGUCCUAAGUCAACAGUUAUAGCAAUAGAUACAACGGUAACACAAAAAGAUGAUAGUUUACCAUUUACAAUUGUGCCUUCAAGUCCAGUUACAUUAGGUCAAUCAGAAUCGGUAAUUACAAGAAAAAUAAACACCGAAUCUAUGGUAACAACAUCAGGGGAAGUUUUUACAAGAGGAGUAACUACUAUGGUCGUGUCAACCCCUGAGGCCCAAGAUAAAGAUACAACACCUACAACAAAAUCACCAACAUCUACAACAAUAGAGGCUUCAUUAUCUCCAUACGUAACAACUACAUUCACAUUCACAGACCUUGGACCAGUAAGCAAAACCUCAAAAACUGAAUUAACAAGAUCUACUACAUCAACAACCAAAGCAAUUACAAAAGAUAUUGACUUAGGACGAGUGGAAGGUGUACAGGGAGAAAUUCUCACCAAACACAUAGUAUCAACAACACCGUUUACAAUGGAGAAAACAGAGGUAACUGCUGCAGAUGGCGAGACAAUAUGGACAGGAAGCAUAAAAGAAGGGGGGACUCAAACCUCUGAAAAUCCUACAACACCAAGUACACAACCAGAGGGUACAACCACAAUACCACAAAAAACAGUAUCUAUUUCUGUAACAGUAGAUGAAUCAGGAGCAAAAACCACUUCAGAAAUGAGUACUAGGAGUUUAGCAACAAGUGUAGAAACAGCAGUAACAUCUGCAAAAAGUCUAUCAACUUCCAUUGAGAGUACAACACAACCUACAACAGGUUCAGGUAUAUCCAGUGUUACAGAUCCGGUAAUAACUGCAACAACAACGGGAACAGAUGCAGAUGGGACAAACACAUCUAUAAAUCCUACAAUAUUCGCUACAACUGGAUCAAGUGCAGAAAGUUUCCCCACCUCCAUUAAAGCUACAUCACUUCCUGUAACAAAUUCUGUAACAGUCACAACUGCAAAUCCAAUAAUACCUACAACUAUAACUGUAACAGAUACAAAAGGCACAGAAACAUUUAUAGGUUCGACAGUAGACGUAACAAUCGGAAAAUCUACAGAAACUCCACCAAAUUCCAUGGAUACCAAACGACCUACAACAGCUUCUACCUCAGUCGUAGCUGCAGAUACAGAAACACCUUCAACAAAAACAGCAGAAACAGAUGUAGAAAGGACAACAUCCAUCAAUCCUACAAUAGUCUCAACAAUUGGACUAACUGCAGAAAGUAAAACGCAACCUAUAAUAGGUUCAGGUAUAUCCACUGUUACAGAUCCAGUAAUAACUGCAACAAGAACGGGAAGAGAAGGGACAAACACAUCCAUAAAUCCUACAACAUUCUCAACUACUGGAUCAAGUGCAGAAAGUUCUCCUAUGUCCAUCGAGGCUACAUCACUUCCUAUAACAGGUUCUGUAACAGUUACUACUGCAAAUACAAUAACAACUACUACUAAACCUGUAACAGAUACAGAAGGCACAGCGACAUCUAUAGGUUCUAUAGUAGACUCAACAACCGGGAAACCUACACAAACUCCACCAAAUUCCAUGGAUACCACACUACCUACAACAGUUUCUGCCAAUUCUACUAUUACCGAUUCUGUCGUAUCUGCAUCAAAAACAUCUAUAGGUUCUACAAUAUUCUCAACAACUGGAACAAGUGCAGAAAGUUCCCCUACUUCCAUUGGAGCUACAUCACUUCCUAUAACAAGUUCUGUUGCAGUCACUACUUCAAAUACAAUAAUACCUUCAACUAUAACCGUAACAGAUACAGAAGGAACAGUAACAUCUAUAGUUUCUACAGUGGACUUAACAAUCAGGAAAUCUACAAAAACUCCACCUACUAUUAUUGAAGCUACAACCCUACCUGCAACAGCGUCUACAUUAGUCAUAGCUGCAGGUUCAGAAAUACCUACAACAAAAACAAUAGGAACAGAAGUAGAAAGGACAACAUCCAUCAAUCUUACAAUAGUCUCAACAAUCGGAUCAACUGCAGGAAGUCCACCAACAUUCAUCGAUCCUACAAUAGUCUCAACAAUUGUGUCAACUGCAGCAAGUCUACCAACAUCCAUUGGGACUACAACAAUUUCUGCAACAGGUUCUGGUAUUCCUACAGUUACAGGUUCCGGAUUAUCUACACCAAAAACAUCUAUAGAUUCUACAAAAUUCUCAACAACUGAAAUAACUGCAAAAAAUACAACUUCUACUGAGGUUACAGCCCUACCUACAACAGGGGCCGCAAGAGUCACCGCUACAGAUUUAGUAAAAUCUACAACAGGUAUAAAAGGUCUUACAACAUCUGCAGUUCCAACAACUGGUACAGCGAUUACAGUUACAGAUUCAUUAAUAACUGUAACAACAAAAGGAACAGAUGUAGAAGGGACAAACACAUCUUUAAAUCCUACAAUAUCCCCAACAACUGUAACAGAAACUUCUCCUACUUCCCUACUGGCUACAUCCCUUCCUAUGACAGGUUCUGCCACAGUCACGACUGCAAAUACAAUAAUAUCUACAGCUAUAACUGGAACAAGUGCAGAAGGCACAGCAACAUCUGUAGGCUCUACAGUAGACUCAACAACUGGGAUAUCUACACAAACUCCAACAAUGUCCAUUGAUGUUACAACACAACCUACAACAGUUACUGUCAUAGUUUCAGCUGUAGAUUCUGAAACACCUAGAAUAAAAACCACAGGAGCAGAUGCGGAAAAGACCACACCGUCCAUUGAACCAACGGUUUCAACAAUUGUAUCUACUGCGGAAAGUUCACCAACUUUCAUUGUUAUCACAACACUUCCUAAAACCGGUUCCUCUAUAGCUACAGGUACAGGUUCAAAAAUACCCACAACAAAAGUAAUGGGGACGGACGAAGAACAGACAACAAGAUCCAUAUCUCCUACAAUAAUCUCAACAACUGGGACAAACGCAGAAAAGCCAUCAAUUUCCAUAGAGACUACUGCAUCGAUAACAACAGGUUCUGCCAAAACAACCAGAACAGAUGUAAAAAAUACAAUGUCUAAAGAUUCUACAAUAUUCUCAACGAUUGUAACAACUGCAAAAAGUCCACCAUCACCCUCUGUGGUUACAAAACAACCUACAACAGGUUCUAAUAUAGCUACAGACUCUGUAAUAACUAUAACAAAAAUACAACAGGAAGAGAUAACAACAUCUGUAAAUCCCACAACAUUCUCAACAACUGAUGUAACCACAACAACAUAUGUACCAACAAUCCCCAAGGAGACAUCAGGGCAUGUUAUAGAAGGAACCCAAUCACAUACUGAACUGAUCACAUCACCGAUCAUAAUGACCUCAACAGGUUUAAAAACUAUGACAACAUCAGAAAAAAAAACAGAAAAAAGUUCACAAUGGACUAAAGCAGUGUCAGAAGCUUCAACAAUAGGAAAGGGUACUACAGGAGGGAUAGCAAAAUCCAUUUUAACAACAGCUGUACCAUCUUCUAUUGAGGCCAAAACAUCAACGGCUGAGCAGAGUACUUCAAAAGAUGUUACCAGAUCACUCUCGGAACCCUCAACACAUACAACAAAUAUUGUAAGUGAACUAACCAGCUCCUUAGAAGGUGCAGGAUCAACAUUAAAAUAUUUCACAAAAGGUUCCUCUACUGUGGCUACCAAUGAAACAACUAUAACAACAACAGAUGGACCAUCUUCAGAAGAUACACUAAGAACGGUGACAGCAGAAGCAGCAACACAACAUACAACUUUUAAAAGCUCAAUAGGUGUAGAUAUAAUCUCAUCCGUGGUUACAACAACACCAGCCUCAACAUCACACUUAGAUGUGACAAGCACAAAAACAGUGGCUCCAGCACUGACCCCUACAAAGUCCAUAAAAGACACCACCAGAGCUGCAAUAGAUCAAACUAUUACCCCUAGAAUUGAUAUUAGUACAAAAACUGCAACUAGUGCUAACACUGUAGGUGAAAGUACUAAAGAAAUUACAACAGAAACCACAACUAUUGUGACAAGCACAAGGUUAGAAUCAACUACAGAAUCAAACAAGCCAUACUCAAACCUUACAGAAGACACAACAACAUCUACUGUAGCAAUGAGCACAAUGACUCCUUCAGUAUCUACACUACCUCUGACUACACAACCAGUAACAAAAGACAUUACUGGAACUACACACAAACAAACUACACAAGUGACAACAAUACAUACAGAAAAAACAGAUACAGUUACAGUAAAUCUAUCUGGAGAAACAACAGAGGGUGUUAUAGAAGUAGCUACAACUAUGGGUAUUUCUAGACCUACAUCAGCACCAACCAUUUCACCUGUAAGUGAUUCUGAAAAUACAACUUUAUUGACCCCAGAAGUAAGUGUUACCACUGGGCAUACAUUAGAGACCCCCAAAGAUUCAACUGUGCAAGUCACUACUUUAACUACAAAGUAUACAACACUAUUAGGCACAAUGGCCAUCACAGACCAUACACCAGUAAUUGGAGACCCGACUGGAACAACUGUACUUACAGCAUCAACUGGACCAUCUGCUGUGACACAAACAAAAGCUGAGGGGGAGGUCAGUACUUUAUCAUCUGCUACUGUAUCUACAACAGUCAAAACACCAGCAGAAUAUUCAAGUGGAAUAACAACUAAAUACAUUGAUAAAACCACUCUAGGUGAUGUAACAACAACCAAAAAAUCUACACUACAAUCUACAAUUAGCAAAACAAAAAGCGAUAAACUUGUACCCACAACGAUUAAAACAACCACCCUGGCAGACAAGAUGUCCCCUGAAGGUAGUACAAUUGUGUCUGAGAAGACAUCAUCUUUGGCAACCAUCAAAGGAACAACAUCAGAAGGUAUGACAACUACUACAGUAAAAGAUACAACUGUACAGUCAGCCACUUUAGAGAGUGAAACAGUAAAAGCAACAACAAUAGAAAGUUAUGUACCUACAAUAGGUAAUGCAACAGUGAGUGCUGGAGCUCUCCAGCCUGGAACAAGUACAGUCAGUGACGAUACAAGUACAUUAAGUAAAGAAAGCAAACACAGUACAGUGACUACUGCUAGUACAGGUAUGGUCACAGCUCCCCCUGGACUGUCUACGACUAUUUCUAAACUUACAUCCACACUCUCUAAAAUUACAUCUUAUAUUAUAGGCACUACAGUGUCUUCAGAUGGUGACACACAUGGUACAAGUGCCAGUCAUGAAACACCAAUAUUAACAAGUGGGAAAGCAACUUCUACCAAUGUAAUACAUGAUGCCACCACUGGGCUUGGGAUUGAGAUACUCAGUAAGUCAACAGGUUACCCUUCAACAACAGUCAUAACAAAAGACAUACCAAAAAGUAUACCCACUACAACUGGACAGGUCAUAGAAGCUGGAAGAACAACAACUGUAGAAGCUACAAUGGGUUAUGAUAAAAGCCAAACAAGUGGAAAAUAUGACACAUCAAUGACUAAAACAGUAACAACUGAGAGUAUAGAGAAAACAGGGUCAGAUGGAACAACAAUAGGUAUUUUGAGACCUAAAGACACAACAGUAAUAAGCAGAGGGCUGACUGGGACAGCGUUGACCAGUCCUGUGUCUAGGAGGACAAUGACAACUCCAAUAUCUCCUGUAGGGUCAACUACAAAGACAGCAGAUGCAUCAACUAAAGAACACACCUCACAAUCGGCCAUUGAAACAUCUAAAGCAGUGUUAACGAAGGCCACACUUGCCCUAACACAACCUACUGAUGGAAGCGCGAUAACAGCAACAGCUACACAAACUGACAAGCACAAAGUCACAAGUUCAGAAGAUUCUUCAGUAACAAGGGAUAUCUCAGAUCAUUCUUCUCCAUCUACGGGGGCUGCUCCACUGUCCGUGGAGACUACCACAUCUACCUAUAAACAAACAACUCUGAUCGAGACUAUACGAGCAUCAAGUAGUAUAGGACAUACAAAGAUGAUGACAUCUCCAGAAACUAAGCCUAAAAAAGAGACAACUAUAAGUGUCACAACGACUAACAGAACUGUAGAACAAUCUGUCCAUGUGACUGUGGGACCUAAAGCUACCACACCUUCCAUGCACAUAACCGGAGGUUCACAAACUUCUCAAGUUACUGAUAGGAGCAGAUAUGUAACUCCAAAUGACAAGGGACCUGGAACUGUCACAAGUAAGAAUGUCACAAUUCCUAGGACAACGUCUUUCAGCAAAGCGAAUGUCACAACCACCACGACUCCAUUUGGCAAAACGUUAAAUGCAACAAAACCUGCAGAGAUGAGUGAAUAUAGUGAUUUACCCACUUCAAGCAUCCUCCUUACCGGCCUGGGAGUCGCCACUGGGACAGUUUUGUCUACGUUUGUAGGUUUUAAGAUGCUCGCCCUAAGGAAAAAAGCUCAGAGAGGGCACGUAUAUGUAGUGAACGAGCCGUGAUCCGCCAAAUAAUAGACUCAUUGGGAAAGUUAAGACUCAAGGUCCUACGUGAACAUGCAGGAGAAAUGAUUAUUGUCUAUGGAAACGAAGUCCAAGGGACAUCUACGAUGGACAGAAGUGACAACUGUGAUGUAACAUGGCAUUCAAAACAUGACUUUUUGAGGAAUGAUGUCCAACCAGAGGACAUUCCAAAGAAAAGAUAAAUUAUUAACAAUGUUGGCCUCAUAAGCAGAUCCUCCAGGUUGGAUGCUUACAGGGGCAAACAUUGAUGAUGUGGGAACUAUAGCUUGGCCUUCAGCAGCAAGAGUGUUCUGGUCAAAAGGAAGCUUCUAAUGAUAUGUGGCAUGUAGUCGCCUGUCCUCUUGUGUCACAAACGCAAGGUUACAUGCAAUGAAGACAACGCAGUGAUGGGGAGGGAGAUCAAGAUUUUGCUGAAAAGUAGUGAGUGCAGGUUCUCCAAGGUCUAUCGAAGAACAGAGCCUGUCAAGAAAUGAAUGUGCUGAUCUUGAGCUACUAACUAGUUCCCUUAUGGAACAACAAGAGGUUAAUAAUUUUUAGACCUUUCUUCUGAUUCCUUAUCAAGACGAAUGUAGAACACUGAAAAGUGCAAAUGUCUUAAAGGGGUUCUCUGUUGUGAAGAAUCUCUACUUGUUAGAAAAGUCUACUUACAAUACGAAGGUCACAAAGUGUCUUCCUGGCUGAAUCCUCAGUGAUCUGUGGAGAAACCUGACAGUAAGUGUUUAAUUUCUCAACAGCGCCGCCACUGGUGAAAUAAAGCAUGAUACAGUGUUCAUUCACAUCAUUGGGCUGCCUGUGCAGUACAGCACAGGUCCCCCAGAAUGAGAGACACUCUUUGUAACUACUCUGAACUCUGGCCAAGUGAUAAGGAUCCUGAGGACCAGAGGAGCCCGUCUAUGAACUCGGAAUUCCCUAAAAUGGUCUAUGAAAGUGUUACCAUGUUACCAUUCAUUCAGUUUUCCAUAAUAAAUAAAAAUUAAAUCCAUAUAAAUAAAUAACUGCAAAAAUAUGCAGCCCUGGAUAUAUUUAGGUUGAUCAAACAAUAAAAAAAAAAAUACAACAAAAAAGGCAAACAAAUGUCUUACGAGAACUUAAUUUUCUUUUUAAAGAUUGUGUAAAAAUUUUUAAGACAUUCAUUCUACUUGUAAAAUUAUUUCCCUAUUUAUUAAAUUCUCCAUUGACACAAAGGUUCAUUUUUAAUGUAUAUAAUAGUUGUUCAAACAUGUAGAAACGGCUGUACAUUUUCUGUUGUUUAUUUUGCUGAACAAAAAGGUUUACAAAUUGAAAAAAAU